AUGGUCUCCAAGCUCUCUGCCCUUCUUGCCAUUGCGGCUACUCUGCCCACGGCUUUCGCUCACUACAACUUCGAGUCCCUCAUCGUCAACGGCGCGCCUAGCGAGGCUUAUGAGUUUGUCCGCCGCACCACCAACUCCAACUCGCCCAUCGAGGAUGUCACUUCCCCCAACAUGAUCUGCAACCAGGGCGGCAUCGACGCCGCGAUCAUGGCCGCCACCAACACCAAGACGGUCCAGGCCGGUGACCAGCUCGGCUUCAAGGUCAACUCGGAGCUCGGCCACCCCGGUCCCCAGGCCGUCUACCUCAGCAAGGCCCCAGGCGCCGCCCAGGAGUACAAGGGCGACGGCGACUGGUUCAAGAUCUACGAGCUCACCUACUCGGAGAUCAACGAGCAGGGCAUCCAGUGGGCCACCUUCCUGAACAACCAGGGCGUCCACAACUUCACCUUCACCCUGCCCAAGGAGCUCCCUGACGGCGAGUACCUCGUCCGAGCCGAGCACACGGCUCUCCACGCCGCCGGCGCCAUCGGUGGCGCCCAGUUCUACAUGGGCUGCGCCCAGAUCAAGGUCGAGGGUGGCGGCAACGGCACCCCCUCCCCCACCGUCAG